GUAGCGACGAUCCUCCGACAACAAGAUUCUGUUGUUGAGAUGAUAGUAGGACGGCCGAUCAAUUACGCCGAUAGACCACCUGAUAAUCCUGGUCAGUUUCUUUUCCUCAUUUUGGAAGACGAUUUCAUUGAUUCGCGAAAUCUCGAACAUCUUGACGUGACUCUUCACCUUUGCUAA